GGGCGGGGAGCCGCGCUGCGUCCCACCCCGGUCCCGGCCCCGGACCCAGACCCUGCAGGAGAUGGGUGCCCCCAUUGACACACUGUCCUUUGGCCACCGGACAUCAUGCCUCCCAAGAAAGAUGUUCCCGUGAAGAAACCAGCAGGGCCCUCCAUCUCCAAACCUGCUGCAAAGCCUACAGCAGGAGCCCCUCCAGCCAAGACCAAGGCUGAGCCAGCUGUCUCCCAGGCCCCUGUGAAAACCCAGGAGCCUCCUGUUGAUCUCUCCAAAGUGGUGAUCGAGUUUAACAAGGACCAGCUGGAAGAGUUCAAGGAGGCCUUUGAGCUGUUUGACCGAGUAGGUGAUGGCAAGAUCCUGUACAGCCAGUGUGGGGAUGUGAUGAGAGCCCUGGGCCAGAACCCCACCAACGCUGAGGUGCUCAAGGUCCUGGGGAACCCCAAGAGUGAUGAGCUGAAGUCCCGGCGUGUGGACUUUGAGACUUUCCUGCCCAUGCUCCAGGCAGUGGCCAAGAACCGGGACCAAGGGACCUAUGAGGAGUACUUGGAGGGGCUUCGGGUGUUUGACAAGGAGGGGAAUGGCAAAGUCAUGGGCGCUGAGCUCAGACAUGUCCUCACCACCCUGGGAGAGAAGAUGACUGAGGAGGAGGUGGAGACUGUACUGGCAGGUCACGAGGACAGCAAUGGCUGCAUCAAUUAUGAGGCUUUCCUGAAGCACAUCCUAAGUGUCUGAGCUCUACAGAUCCAGCAGGAGGCCGGACACUCGCUCAAGAAGCACGUUCCUGUCACUAGGUGGCCACCUAUUGUUUCAAAAUAAAGAGAUGGUUCCUGCUUUGG